AUGCCGCGUGGGAGUUUCUCGAGUUUUGUGGACAACGUGGCGGCGGCCGAUUCCGUCGCUCAGAAGGAGUUGCGUGCUCGGGUCGCCGCGCUGGAGCAGCAGCUGCUGACGCUCGGGGUGCGCCCAGUCGGCAGCCAGGGCGUCAAUGGUCCGGUGGCAUCCUUCCUUGAAGAGGCUGCCCUGUCGCAGUACUCCAAGCGCAUCGAGGCUGCGGGCUACCAUGACAUGGAGACCCUCAGCUCCAUGGAAGAGCAGCAUUUCCAGGACCUCGGUCUUCUCCCAGGGCAUGCGCUAAAGAUGAAGAGGCCAACGUUCUCGGCACGUUCCAGCUACGUCUUCGAGAUUCCCGGUCCGUGCAAGACUCUGUUGCUUCGAGCUAAGUGCCAUGACGCCGGUGGUUUGUUUCAUGACUCUUGGCUCAAGCUGCGAAUCACGCACUACACAACCAUUUCCAUUCGUGCUAUCCGAUUUCGAACCAUGCAAGGCGCACUUUACCUGCUUCCACUUUUGGCAUCUUCCCUCUGCCAGGGCCGAUUCUUGAAGAGACAUGCUGAGGAUUUGGCAGUGCACGACCAGGAGGAGACCUGCUCUCCACUCCGCAACCAUGAGACUUAUUCCUCAGUUCCUGUAGACGUGGGAACGCCGUCUCAGACCUUCGAGCUCGUAGCAGACACAGGCAGCAACAACUGCAUCGUGAUGGACUGCCAGUGUUCCCAGUGCCCGCAUGAUUGGGGCAAAUGCUUUACAGGCAAUGGGAAGUCCAAAACCUUCGACCUGCCAAAAUACAAGUCGCAGGACCCUUUGCUGGGCUCCAAGGCCGAGAUGCUUCCGGCUUCCAUGUUGCUGACCUUCGGGAGUGGUCAGAUUGCGGCACGUGUCGCAUCGGACGAGGCCGUCGACCUUCCGAGGGGUUGCAUGGUUUCAAUUCCGAUGCAAGCUCGAACGUAG